AUGGAGGAUAUUUUAAAUAAUGUGGUAGUUUCUAAUACUAAUAAUAGUACUACUAUUGCAACAUCAGAUACACCAUCACCAACUACAUCACAACAGCCAACUGCAUCAGAUCUUCUUGUUAUUAAUAAUAGUAAUUCUCCUCCUUCAUCUGGUGGUGGUGGAAGUGCUAAAGAAUGUAGACGUAAAAAAAAAGCUUAUGUUGCUGAUCUUGAGGAAAAGGCUACACAUCUUGAAGAAGAAAAUGUUAAACUACGUAAAGAACUUGAAGAAUUAAAAGCUAAAGCUAAUUUAAGCGCCAUGAAAAUUGAUGAAAAUGUUCGAUUGGCUAAAGAAUAA